AUGGGUAUUGCGCUGAACAUGAUUAUUGCUGCAAACACGACAUUGCUUCGCUUGGUUGAAAAUUGGACAACACUCGAGACUUCCCUUGGCGCAGUGUCACGGCUGCGAUCUGUUGAUCAUGGCACCCUUUCUGAAGAUGAAGGCUGGGACUGCUUAGAGCCCUCUCCCGAGUGGCCGAUUCACAGGUCCCAGUACUUCGUGGGUGGCAAAAGCAGUCUAUUUCUUACGCUGCUGCAGUUAUUAAGACUCCAGGCUGGAACAAUUGAGGUUGAUGGCGUGGAUAUCACCCGCUUGCCAGUACAUGUUGUACGGCGCCGGUGCUUCGUUACUGUACCUCAAGACCCUUUUAUGCUUCCCGACGCAAGCCUUCGGUUCAACCUUGACCCCUACAAUCAGCAUCAAGAUGUUACAAUCUUAGAGAUCCUUCACAAGACUGGUCUUUGGUCAAAAGAAUCUACACUCGAUCGACAGAGCUGCACAACGAACGCAAUUAUUCCCGGUACCGUGAAUACAGACUUUCUCGAUCAGCCGCUGGCUAGUUUCCCACCUGUCUCUACAGGUCAAAGACAGAUAUUCGCCUUCACUCAGGCGUUACUCAGAGUCACGCCAUCAACUCUCGAAUGGGACCCUGUGAUUGACCAACGGAAACCGAUUAUACUCCUGGACGAGGCCAGCUCGUCCUUGGACCUCGAAACGGAAAUCAAGAUGCAAGAAAUGGUAAAAGAAUAUCUCGUGAAUCAAGGGCAUACCACCAUUGCCAUUGCCCACAGAAUCAACGCCGUGCGGAAAGACUUGAGACCGACAUUAGACACUAUAGUGUGGAUGGAAGAUGGGAGGCCUCGGAAUUUCCAGAGAUCUAAUGAAGUGAUUGUGGAUAUUGACAUUGAUGGCGAUAGGUGA